CAAGGCAGGAUGUGUGUGUUUGUCUGUAUCUAUGUGUUUGCGUAUGUGUGUGUUUCUGCCCUGCAGACAGGGACACAGCCACCUGCCUCUACCCUUCCCCAUCCUGCUGCCCUGGGUGGUCCUACGGAAGGACCUGUGUGCUUUUGCCAUGGCCUUAGCUGCCCAGGUGACCCACAGCCUCCAAGAUGGGAUCUUUCAGUUUCUUCGGCCCCAGAAUGUCCUCCUCCUGAGGCAGGUGCAGCUUAGUCAGCCAAGGUCCGGCGUGGACAGCAGAGUUCUGGUGAUGACACAGUGGAGGGCAUACAUCUUUCCCUGCAGGCAACCUGUCAAGGUGGAGAGUUCCUUCAGUUACUUAGAGAUCUCUGCCAUCACCGUCGGACACUUGUAUCAGCUGGCCAUCGAAACGGACAGGCAGAACUACUCCUUUACCCUCAUGACCAUGGAGGACCUAGAGACUGUGGUCCGACACGUGACCACCUCACUGAAGAAGAUCUUCCCCGACUCAUCCCCAGGGCGGCUCCUGAAGAAGGUCCCCAUGGACCUGCAAGACCAGCUGCGUAAGCUGACAACCAGCGUGGAAGAGCAACUCAACGGCACCCAGGGGCCCUGUGGUGGCUUCUCAGAGACAUACGCUGCUCUGUGCGACUUCAAUGAGUUCCCCUGUCGAGAGGAGGUCAAGUGGGAUGUGGACAACAUCUACCAUGUCCAAAAUUGCCGGGACUUCAACCUGAUGGACUUCAGCCACCUGGACAGCCAAGAUGUGGCCCUGGCUGUUGCUGCCCUGUCAUUCAACCACUGGUUCACCAGGAUCUCCAACAGAGAUUCUCGGGUGAGUCCAGAGGUACAGGAGCAGAUUCUCUACAUGAUCAACAGAUCCCCCAGGCUGGAGGAGGUGUGUUUGGAGAGCAGUGGUCUCAGACCCGACUUUGCGCAAAGAAUGGCCUGUGCUCUCCGGGAUCAUACUGGCUCUGUUUUACACACCAUCAAUCUGUCAGCCAAUCCGAUAGAGGAUAAAGGUGUUGUGGCUCUCAGCCAGCAGCUGGAGAAACUGCCCCAGACCCUCACACACCUCUCCCUCUCCAAGGUGUCGCUGUCACCCAAAGGUGUGGCCAGUUUGGCCCAGGCCUUCUCCCUCAAGUCCUUCUCUACUUCAUUACAUCAGCUGGACCUUUCUGGCAACGCAGGCUGUUUGGCCACAGAGGAGGCCACGUGCCUGUUCACCUUCCUAUCCAGAGAGAAUGCCGUGUCUUACCUGGAUUUGAGUGGGACAGACUGCCCACUGGACACUCUGUUUGUGUCCCUCUCAGCUGGAUGCUGCUCCAAGAUGGCUUACCUGAGUCUGUCCAGGAACACCUUCUCACACAGGAAGGCGAAGGAGGUGACUCGCAGCGUGAGGGACUUCUUCAGCAGGAGUGAGGAGCUGAAGUAUGUGGGCUUGGCAGGGACGCGGCUGCCAGCAGAUGCUCUGCGAUUGAUGCUACAGGGUUUAGCCACAAACACUCACCUGACUGGACUGGAGGUGGAUCUGAGCAGCUGUGAGCUGCGCUCUGCUGGUGCUCAGGUCAUCCAGGAGCACAUCUUUGAAGCCAAAGCCAUCAGCAGCCUGGACCUGUCAGACAAUGGUCUGGAGAGCGACAUGGUCACCCUGAUCCUCUCAAUCGGCCGCAGUCACUCCAUCAGACACCUGGCUCUGGGGCGCAACUUUGCUAUGAAAUCCAGGGCGCUGAGUGAUGUUCUACACCGCAUCGUGCAGCUCAUCCAGGAGGAGGAGUGUCCAAUUGAGUCACUGUCUGUGUCAGACUCCAAGCUCAAGACGGGGACAACAAUCCUCAUCAACAGUCUGGGCCGCAACUUGAGCCUCACCACUAUUGACAUCAGUGGUAACUGCAUCGGUGAUACCGGUGCAAAGAUGCUGGCCAAGGCCCUGCUCAUCAACACGCGCCUCAGGACUCUGGUCUGGGACAGGAACAAUGUGACAGCAGCUGGACUGACAGAUGUGGCCAAUGCUUUGGAGAAGAACUCCACACUACAGACCAUGUCCCUCCCCAUGAGUGAUCUGACCCAGGCAUAUCGCAGCAACCCAGAGAAAACCGAGGAGGCCCUGAACCGGAUCCAGGCAUACUUGCACAGGAACAGCCAACAACAGGAAGUGACAUCAGACCAUGUGCUUCAGCUUCAGCAGGCCCUAAAAACCACUCAGUCAGAGAAGCUGGUGGAGGAGCAUUGCCUGAAAGUGCAAGAGGUGAUCCGGCCACUGUCCACGCUCAGCCUCCAGGAUGUGCAGAGCGACAUCUUGUGUGCGGAGGAAGCGCUGCACCAUGCUAGGACCUCAGUCGGGCUGCUACCGACCCUGUUUGAGGUGGGAAGAGCGCCCCCCAGCAGUGAUAUGCUGCAGCAUGUCUUGAGAGACGCAGCGCGUGUGGUCACCAAUGAGGUGGUCGAGGAUAUUCAGGAACUCAUGCAGACCAUGCUGCAGCGUGCACAGAGUGUGUGUCCACGCGUCGUCCAGCGCCUCAGUGUUAGUGAGCAGCUGACCUCUUGCAUGGCCAGGAUGUCCCGACAGGCUGCUGUCUUCCUGCAGGAAGCAUUAGUGGAGCAGGCAAGCAAGCUGGUCAGAAGCAAGCUGAGUGAACUGAGACAGACUGUGAGCAUCUCACUAGCAGAGAGCAUCAUUACCGAGGUUAUCCAGGACCUUUCUGUAUCCCAGCAGAAACUGGAGCGCCACAUAAAGGAGUAUACCCAGCCUGUGAGUGGCUGCUCCUCUGCCACACCCAGGGCCAACAUCCCUCAGCUGCGGGUGAUGGAAGCAGAGUUCCCCACAGAUGAGUACGUCCCCGUUUCCUGGAGCAGCGGGUUCCCCACUGGGAGUAUCCGCCCAGCACCCUCUGUCAAAAGUCUCCUGGAUGCAGAGACAGACUCCCAACAGUAUGGUGAGAACCAGCUGCUACCCGAUGCAGGAGGGGCAGCAAUGGCGGGAGGAGGGUGGGCCUUGGCUCCACAGUCUGUCACUGUUGGCCAGGCCAGGCCCCGUCCCCUCAACCUUCCUCAGGAUGCUGCCUCUCACCUAGCACCACAGGAUCCAGAUUUCAUUGACAGCCCCAUGGAGCUGCCUGUGGAAGGUCAGCGGCUGAACCACUACACACAUCUGAGGCCGCGGCCGCAGCGCACACACCGCCAGGUACCCACCAAGACACAGCACAGACACACCACUAAGGGAGAAUAUGGCACUCCUGAGGACAUGAGCAGGGUUGAUGAGGGGGUGGAAGAGUUCUUCAGCAAGAAGGUCAUCGCUGACAGUCCACAGACCCUAAAAGGGAUGGUACUUCCUAUGAAGGCAGGACAUGUUGAAGAGGGAGGCUCCACCCACUCCAAGGACAGAAGGAGGAAAUUUGGGGACUUCUUUGCCUUUAAAAAGCUUGGUGUGGGAUGGGGCCGAAGGGCUGAGGGGGCACCAGAAGACCACAGGAUGAUGAAGAACACAUCCAUUGUGGAGCUCAUCCGGCCGCUACGGGAAGCAGCACGAGCCGAUAGGGACAGGAGGAGGGACAAGGAGAGGUUGCUUCAGGAAAGUGCCCCUCAAAGGCCUGUAACUGCCCCAGGGAAAACUCAAAGCCCCACCCCUGCAGCAGCCCCCUCUGUGGCUACUCCUGCCACCAGCUACACCCCUCCACCUGCCCUGGAACGCAGAAAGAGCCGUACUCCGGACACCAAGAGGAAGCUUGGCACCCCAAGCAACCUGCGGGAUGCCAAGUCCCAGUCACUCAUUUUGCUGCCUGUUGCACACUCGUCCGGGUGUGGCACGACACAACUUUCUGGUUUCCCGUCUGGCUUGGAACAUGCACAGUAUGAGGGCAUCACCAAGACAACAGCAGAUCCUUUGGACACAAAAGCAGACCAGGAGGCCAAGGGAGAGCUUCUCAGACUGGGAUCAGAGGACCCCAGUUGGCCGUUGCGACCCCCUGUGACCAGGAUAUCGCCCAACUGGCUGCCCCCCCCCAACCGGCCCUGCCCACUGACCCCCCCCAGACCAGGUGUGAAGUUCAAGGAUCCUCCAGUCACCAUCUCUGCCUUGGUGGUGCCAAACCUCCCGAGUUCAUCCCGCGAGCCCCCCCCGCCCCCUGCAAAACACUCUCCCAUACCCAGUCCCCGGAGGGAGGCUCCACCCAUCCCCUUACCUCAAAGAGUGGUGACAGCAGAGGACGGCCGGGACCGAGCACAAUCGAUAACUGAAGCCAUGCUCCCACAGCCACGGCCACGGACCAAGCCAGCAUCCCACCGCAGAGCUGUCUCUGUCCAUGAGGAGGCGCUCUAUGAGCAGAUGAUGUCUCUGGACCCCCAGGUGCUGAGAGAGGCACGGCCGCAGUUGCAAAGGCUGCCAGUGCGAAAGCGGACUCAUCCGCGGGACCUGCCCCCCUACAGUGAGGACCAGGCAGGAGCAGCAAAAAGCGCAGAGAGGGGUGCAGCUGGUGCACCUGGGGACAAGGUGGUAAGCUGCUUUGGACCCCGACCUCUAAAACACACGGAGUGACCUGGGCCCAUUCUCUACUCUGCUUAUGUACAAAAAUCUACAUUGCAUAUAUUAUAAAAAAUGCAAAUGUACUUUAUUAUCAUUAUUUUUAUUAUUCUUAAUAAAAUAGCCAUUGUGUGCAUUUUA